CCAAAUACGGAAGUAAUGUCCUCCGUCGGUGACCGACGUGCUUUGAGUGAGGCGGUUUAAAUCUUUGCUUUAGAUAGCUUUUUAAGGCAGCGACAUCAAUUUAGUCGACGCAGGUCAUGACACAGGCUGAAAAGGAACAAGAUAAUGGAAAAGAAAAAGAAAAGGAGCGAGACAAAGAGAAAGAAAGGGAGCAGCGAGGGGUGAAAAGACCCAUCGCCCCGCCGUCCAUCACGGAGCCCCUCCAGGAGCAAAUACAGAGCAACUAUAUCAUCAUCAUUCACCCUGGCUCAAGGACGCUCCGCAUAGGCCGAGCAACAGACAACCAGCCCGUAACCAUCCCGCACGUGAUAGCACGCCGACAUAAGCAAAGCUCACAGCCCAGAUAUGAAGACGCGUGGCUGCUAAGGGAAGGUCUAAACAAACCUGAGAGUAAUGAGCAGAGGCAGAACGGACUGAAAAUGGUAGACCAGGCCAUUUGGUCCAAGAAGAUGUCCAAUGGCGUGAGGAGGACACCAGUGUCUGCUGAGCAGGCAAGAGCAUACAACUGUCAGAUCCGUCCUGCAGUGUUGGACAGCAGCUCCAGAGUGAAGUGGACCAACACGGCCCACCAUCCGCCGCACCUGGUGGGAGAGGAGGCGCUGUAUGUGAAGACAACAGACUGUUACAACAUCCACUGGCCUAUAGUGAGAGGCCAGCUCAACGUCCACGCCGGCCCUGGAGGAUCACUGACGGCGGUCCUGGCCGAUCUUGAGACCAUUUGGAGUCAUGUUAUUCAGAAGCACCUGGAGAUACCUCUCAAAGACUUAAAGUAUUACAGAUGCAUCCUCUUGGUGCCCGACAUCUACAAUAGGCAACAUGUCAAGGAGUUGGUCUCCAUGCUGCUCCUGAAUAUGGACUUCUCAGCAAUCAUCGUGCAUCAAGAGUCUGUGUGCGCUACAUUCGGCAGCGGGUUGAGCAGCGCUUGCGUCGUUGACGUCGGAGACCAGAAGACCAGUCUCUGCUGCGUGGAAGACGGAGUUUCACAUCGGAACUCCAGGUUGUCUUUGGCGUACGGGGGCUCGGACGUGACUCGCAUUUUCUUCUGGCUCCUGCAGAGGGCAGGAUUCCCCUACCGAGACUGUCAGCUCUCCAACAGGUUGGACUGUCAGCUGUUGCAACAGGUCAAGGAGACCCUCUGCCACUUGGACCAGGAUAUAUCUGGACUACAAGAUCAUGAAUUCCAAACACGUUUCCCAGAUGCGCCAGCUCUUCUCUAUCAGGUUCGCCUCGGAGAUGAGAAAUUACAGGCUCCCAUGGGACUUUUCUACCCAAGCACCUUUGGCAUCGUGGGUCAGAAGAUGACGUCACUACAGUACCGUUCCCAAGGCGACCCCGAGGACCCUCAUGAUGAGCUCUAUUUACUGGCCACACAUAGCAAACAAGACCAGUCUUCCAAGUCUGCCUCAGAUCGAAAGGCGCUCUCAAGACCAGGAGGAGCUUUAGACGGGGACAUGAGUGGCCAAGGAGGGGUUGGGGAGCUAUCAGAGAUGCCCAGGGGGAGUGGCAGCAGCGGCGGUGGGGCCGUGCAGGGGGAGAUGGAGAUCGGGGCCGCCCAAGCGGAGUGCCUGAUGGGGGUCGGGGAGACGGAGGAGCCUCUGUCCACACACCUCUCCAGGAAGACGGCAAUCAUGAGCCAGUUUGAAGGCAAAGCGCUGGGCUUGGAUAAAGCCAUCCUGCACAGCAUCGACUGCUGUGUGUCGGAUGAAACCAAGCGAAAGAUGUACAGCUCCAUCCUGGUGGUGGGGGGUGGGCUCAUGUUUCACGGGGCUCAGGAGUUCCUGCUUCACCGCAUCAUCAACAAGAUGCCACCAUCCUUCAGAAGGCUUGUAGACAAUGUGGAAGUUAUCACCAGGCCAAAGGACAUGGACCCCCGUCUGAUAUCGUGGAAGGGCGGAGCAGUGCUGGCGUGCCUGGACACCACGCAGGAAAUGUGGAUCCAUCAGCGGGAGUGGCAGCGGUUUGGUGUUCGGAUGCUUCGUGAGCGAGCGGCUUUUGUCUGGUGAAAGCACACGUUUACAAAAGAAAAAUGCACAAAACAAACAUUUUCAGUUUUUUUGAAGGCAAAAUAAAACAUUACAUCACAUUGAACAGUUGAUUAGAUGUAAAUGAGGGGAUUUCUGUACAUCUGCGCCAUACUGAUCAUGUACUGUAUGUCCAUCAAGAAUUUGGAUUGGGUGUCCCAUAAAAAUAAACAGUGUUGUUACUUCUUCACAAAAUAAUCAUAUUUGGAAGAUUUAAGUACAUGUAUUUACCUUUCAUAAGCUUCAUGCUUAGCAGUAUUGUAAUUGAUAACAGUAUUUGUUUUUAUUGUAAAUAACACAAAUUGAUUAUUGGGUCAUUAUAGCUUGACUACACACAGCAUGAUUUAAAAGAUACACUUCACUUCUUUAUACACCUAUAUACUUAUAAUAUUAGUACAUUAAGUAACUAAGAUAUACAGGAAAAUAUAAUUUGCAGUGGGGGUGCAACUGUGAAUUUUAUUUCCAUAUUUCAGUGGUCUUUGAUGCUUAUUUACCCAAAUGCAGAAUACCAGGUAUCUGUUUGCUGUAUUUCCCUAGAAAUAUAAGACGACAUGUUAAUUUUGUUGAGAAAAGUAACUCACACAUGACAUUUUUGAAGAUUUUUAUUUUCACCAAAUAGUAUAUCAUUUUUAAUAUCCGUCUAACAUGCAGCACAAACUCCAGUAGAGGGCAGAAAACAUUUGUAUAUGCUGCUUGUCGUCACUAGGAUAGCAGGGGUAGAGGUUGGGUACACCCUGGAGUGGUUGCAGGGCACAUACAGACAAAUCACCAUUCAGACUCACAUUCAUACCUAAGAACAAUUUAAAGGCUCCAAUUAACAUAAGAUGCAUGUUUAUGGAAUGUGGGAGGAAACCGGAGUACCCGGAGAACAUACAAACUCCACACAGAAAUGCUCAAAUGGAGAUUUGAACCCAGAUUUUCACGAUAUGUCUUCCCACUGACCGUAUGGCCAACAUGCAGCGACAGAAAACACUCAAUAUAUGUAACUUAUCUAGUCAUACAGCUUCAGAAAAAUCAAAAAUGGGGCAAAAUUGGGGGUUGUGAGGAGCUGCUGGAUCGGCCAUUCUGGUUCCUAUGUGUAGGAAUUCCCGGAAAGGCGUCAGGAAACUGCUGAAGACAGUGGCAGCUGGAGAAGGAGGGGCUUCAGCGCUGUGACUCAGUCGCUGGCCCCCACGCCUACACAUUUAAUAGUGUAGGCGUUUACCUGCAGGAAAACAGGCAUUAUAAAAACAAGAUUAU